CCCGGUGCUGGGGGGCGCCGGCCGGUUGCCCGGCUAGUGCCCCCUGCUCCGAGGGGUUUCCCCCAAGGCCCAGCGAGCCCGACCCUUAGAGCCAAUCCUUAUCCCGAAGUUACGGAUCCAUUUUGCCGACUUCCCUUAUCUACAUUGUUCUAUCAACUAGAGGCUGUUCACCUUGGAGACCUGCUGCGGUUAUGAGUACGACCUGGCGUGAAAACUAUUCCUUCCCGCGGAUUUUCAAGGGUCGUCGGGAGCGCACCGGACCCCGCAAAGGUGCGGGGCUCUGCCAGCCAUUGAACCCUAGCUCCGGACAAACCGAUUUCAGGGUGAUAGGCUGUCAAGAAGAAAAGAGAACUCUUCCCAGGGCCCCCGCCGACGUCUCCGCGUUCAGUUACGUUGCCGUGGAGAAUCCACAUCCAGGUGCCGGAAUGUUAACCGGCUUCCCUUUCGGCACACGACGCACGAGGGCGUCUUUCAAACGGAACUUCCCUAUGCCUUAGGAUCGACUAACCCAUGUCCAACUGCUGUUCACAUGGAACCUUUCCCCACUUCAGUCCUCAAAGUUCUCAUUUGAGUAUUUGCUACUACCACCAAGAUCUG